AUGCCGAGGAUGGGCGACCAGGCGGGCGCCUACAGCGCCUACGAUCAGCAAGCCAUGCACCAGCAAGUUCCAGAAACCAUGCCGCUGUCUCAGCCGCAGAAUACGAACCGUACAACAAGGGGCUGUUGUAGCGCCAGUGGCCGAGGCUCUUCAUCCUCGCCUCAAGUGGAGCACGAAGAUCCAGUAGGAGCGCCAAAGCGAGCUCCUUCUUGUGACCCAGUGAAACUGGGCCAGCUGGCCACGUUUGGCCAGCGGGCCACGUUUGGGCUUGCAGAGAUUCAGCAUACCUGGCAGCAGACGUCUUUGGUACACUUGUGCCUCAGCUUUGUAGAUAUCCUCGGUGCCUGCGGCUUCUAG